AUGCUCACAUUUUACUACGUUAAAUGAAGGUUUUAUUUCUACCAGACCUUAGUGAUUGCUGGAGUGUAUUAGAACAACCAAGGCAGAAGGCAAAAAAUUGUUUUUGAUUAAUUAAAGGUAACUUAGCUGGGCUUAGUUUGGUGAAAGAGAGAAACUCAGAAGGUGUAGGUUGUAUGAAUCUGUUUAAUAUGGAAAAUAUAUUAAUGUUAAGCACCUUAGAAGGCUACUGCUUCUAAUGGUGAUCUACUGGAACUCUUUGCAUUUGUGUAUAUUUAGAACUUAGAACGUAAUUCCAGUUAAAUAAUAUUUCAUGUUCACAAGCUAAUUUUCUCUGGUUUGUACAGCAGGAUGCAGUACUGUUACUUUAAUAUAAGACUGAGGACAAACAAGUGAUCCAUUUAUGAAUAGCGCGUGAUCUGUGCAGAAGUAAUUUUAAAAGGGGUAAAAUUAAGACCAAUUGACCUAUAAAAUCCAUCUCUUAUGGAUAUAUAAGCUUUGGGCAUCCUGCUGCUCCUUCAUCAAUGCACUAUAUUCUGUGACCUUAGUAAUUAUCCAACUUAGUGAGAAUAGCUAUGACAAUUACAUUAUCUAUAUAUACAGAUUUGUUUAUUACUUAAUACUCCAUGUUCUCUGAAAACUAUUGCAGCAAACAUGAUGGAGAGAAGGAGGAGAAAGACUCCUGAACAGGAUGCCAUGGACCACAUCAUUUUGGGCAGAGAUAAAUCUUUUCUACAAGAAAAAUUUAUUGACUCAUUCAAAGGGAGAGGUGUUUUUACACUGGAUUACAUCGCACCAUCCACUUUUGUGAUGGAGUACCGUGGAACUCUAUCACAAUGUGCAGGUCUAGAUGCUGCAAAUAAUCCCUUUGUGUUUGAUUUCAUCUGGAAUGGAACACGCCAUUGCAUAGACGCUUCGAAAGAGGAUGGAACCCUUGGACGACUGGCAAAUGAUGACCACAUAAACCCCAACUGCAGAGUAAAAAGAAUUACUGUCAAAGGAAGGCCACACUUGUGCCUGUUUGCUGUGAAAGCGAUAUUUCCAGGCGAGGAGAUAACAUACAACUAUGGGGAUUCUUGUUGGCCAUGGCGCUCAAUGGCACCCUGCAUUGAACUGUCCAAUCCUGAGCCCAAGCAAGUGGUUCCAGCCUUGGCAGAAAAAGAAAUGGCACCCUGCAUUGAACUGUCCAAUCCUGAGCCCAAGCAAGUGGUUCCAGCCUUGGCAGAAAAAGAAAUGUGCCACCAUGAAUUCACAAGUGCAUCUAUCUCGGCUUUGGAUUGUUGUCAAGACUGCUCAGGACCAGUAUCAAGUCUAAAAUGGCUUGGUUGGACAUGUAAAUUAUGUUCAAGGUCAUGGCACAAAACCUGCUACCUCAAGAAUAAUUCGGCACUGGUGAAGGAUGUUGAGCCCUUCAGUGAUGAAGGAUCCAUCUGUGAUAAAGACUAUGUUCCUGACUCUUCACCAAGUCGUGAGGACUCAAGCUCUGAUUUUGCAAUUCAAGAUGCAUAUUCUUCAUGUAGUGAUAGUGAUGUUAGCCUUUCCAUCAAUCCUAAACCACCACAUUGCAAGACUGCUCCAACUCUGUCUAUGGAGACCACAAAGAGUGUGCCACCACUCAGGAACUAUGUUGAACCUGAGGCGGCUUCCAACUCUGACAAAGUUAGUGUUGAUGAAGACCUCAUACCUGACAGUGCAUCCUAUUCUGAUCAUGAACCCACUACAAGCAGUACUCAGAGGCUUGGACGCAGAGAAGUUACCGGAACAGAGUCUUCUUGUUCUGAAGAGGGGGACAGGAAUGAGACUGAGCUAAGCUCUGAAGUGUCUUCUUGCACCCACAAAAAUUACUGUUUUGUUUGCAAGAAACCUCAGUCAAAAAUAGCUCGUCACCUAAAAAAUCACGAAAAGGAAGAGCCUGAUAUUGCUCGAGCAUUUUUGCUCCCUAAACAUUCUAAAGAGAGAAAGAAAUUACUUGAGGUGCUCCGCAACAAAGGUAAUUACGAACAUAAUCGAGAUGUUAUGGGUAAUCAACGUGGAGCACUGAAACUGAAACGACGACCAGGAAAAUCAAACAGCUCUGUGAAUGCAAAAACAUAUGUGCACUGUGUUUAUUGCAAAGGUUUGUUUGUUCGCAAAGAGCUAUGGCGCCAUUUACGUCGAUGCCCUUCAAAGAAGCACACUGAAGACACUGGCACGGCCCAGGUCUUAGCUCUGGCUGAUGUUGCAGACUCAACAUUCUCCCAAGCAAUUUCUCCUGGAGUUUGGAAGAUCCUGGGAAAUAUGAAACAAGAUGAGGUAGCAUCUGUCGUUCGAAAUGAUUUCCUCAUACUGCAAUUGGGUCAGUCUCUCUACAACAAGCAUGGAAGUGAUUCAACGAAAUUUGAAUACAUCAGACAGAAGGUUCGGGAGAUGGGCAGACUGUUGUUGAGCUUGAGAGAAAAAAUGUUCCAUCUUUAGUUUUGAAGAUGCUGUCAAGCCAAACAAUUUUUACAAAGUUAUUGAGGCUGUCAAAGACGUUGCUGGUUACGAUGAAGAGAAACACUCCUACCGCACACCAAGUCUUGCCCUGAAAUUAGGGCAUUCGCUAAAGAAGAUUGGUGACAUUAUCCUCUGUAGGGCUAUUGCAGCAGAAGAUGAAGAGAUGAUGAAGGUAUCGGAGCGAUUCACAAAACUAUGCUCUAAGGAAUGGUCAGAACUUGUCUCCCACAAUGCUCUUUCUACUUUGAGCAAAGCCAAGUUCAAUAAACCAUCAACCAUACCAUUCACACAGGAUGUGCAGCUUCUCCAUCAGCACCUGGAAAAGAAAUCGGCUGAUGCUGUUGAAGAUCUGAAAAAGCACGAGUCUCCACAGACGUAUACUGAGCUUGCCAGAGUGACGCUUGCUCAAAUAAUUGUCUUCAACAGACGUCGUGCUGGCGAAGUCUCAAAAAUGACACUUGAGUCUUUCAAGAAAAGAGACCAGACUGAGCUACAUGAGGAUAUAGCCGUUGGCCUCUCCCCCUUUGAGCAAAAACUGGCCAAGCACUUCAGCAGGGUAGAAAUGUUGGGCAAACGAGGGAGAAAAGUGGCUGUUUUGUUAAACCCUGAAGUAGUCAGUGCAACAACACUUCUUGCAGACAAAAGAGACUCGUGUAAUGUGCACAGGGACAAUCCCUUCCUAUUUGGAAAGCCAAGGUGCCCCCCUUCAAGCUACUAUAGAGGACAGGACUGCAUCAGGGGUUUUGCAAGUCGU